AUAUGAAGACAUUUGGGGCCGCUCUCAUCUGCUUCUGCUGUUUGCACACCUUCACGCUGAGCGCUAAGUUGGAUAGAGACUAUAGAACCCGAUCCGACAGCGACAGCAACAGUGCGUCUUCGGAGAGUUCUUCUGUUGACAGUGAUGCUGGACCCUGCUUCCUCACUCAAACCUGUGGUACUGGAAAUAUCUUGGAAUCUGCUCAACCAACUGAGUUCAACCUUAUACGAACUGCUCUGGAGUCAAUUACCUCUGAAGACGAUCUGGUCUCAACGAUAGGGGAGAUAUUAGACCAAUCAAAUCAAGGUGGAACUCCUCCCCCUGAUUGCUUCUUAUCAUCUGUAUUUCCUUUCCCACCCUCAACAAUAAUUCGUGUGAAUGCGCAAGACGCCCUCGGGUUUUCCAUAGAAUUUGGACAAGCUCCGGCGGGAUUAGGGGUGUUGUUUUCUUUCAUCUUCACGGAUCUGCCGUCUUCUUUUGGAGAGCUCAGCUAUGACCUUGUUAUCGCCAAUACUGGAACCCCGUCCCUGGUCUCUGCCACGCCACGUUUUCGCGCUACCAAUGGAGGAGUAUUUGAUCUGUUCCUUACUGGUGAGGUGUGUUCCUUAUCUCAACCCUUGGUGUGCGGAGGAGAGGCUCCAACGGACCCAACGUUACCUGCAGAUUUACCAACAUUGCCGCCUGCUCAAGCCGCUGACCUUGAAGCUGCUAUGGCGUCAGUGCGAGGUGCUCUUUGCCCGCCGUAGCGGCAAACCGAAUCUGUCCGGAAUUGAAUUGAACGCCGUUAUUGACGUGAUGGGUGCCAACAUUGAACUUUGCUAGGCUUGCACUCAUGGAUACAGGCUCCUAUUGAUCCCCUCGUUCUCCCUCGUAUGUAACACAAUAACGGAGAGUAUUUUUCUCCUCAUGCCCAAGCCUCUUGUACGGGUAAAAUACACACAAGAGCCACCUUAACCCUAGGACGGCCGCCACUUUCGGUACUCCUAGAACGGCCAAACGCUGUCAUUUGACACCUGCAUACAUUUCCAUGUCUAAGACCUAUGAUAUAGGUUAUUAUAGUUUUUGUUUUCAGUGCUGGCUAUCACUAUCGGCAUUUAUGAUAUACACAACAAUUUAGGAUUCACCCAGACACUAUUGUUGGCUAUACGCAAUUAAAAUACAAUGUACGCGUAACGGCAAUUGCGAAGGAUGAACUCAAUUGCUGGCAAAACUUCAAUUACUUGCAUAGGAAUUUCUUAUAAUCACAGAGUUACAAUAACAAGCAAUGUGUCAACGUCACUGGGCACA